AUGUCGUCUUCAUCUUCACUUAUGUGCAAUAUAUGUAAAAAAGUUUUUGGGUACCAACGGAAUUUAGUAGCACAUAGAAAGAAGUGUGGCAGUGGAAUCGUUGAAGAAAAUAUCAUUAAAAAAUCAAUAAAAUGUCCAGACAAUAAAUGUGGACAAUUAUUCAGCGGAUAUGCAUUGCUACGAAAACAUGUUGAAGAGUACCACAAAAUCGUUCUAACAAAAGAACAUAUUUAUUUUAAAACUCUAAAUGAUUUUAAGGAAUGGAAACAGAAGGUUGAAAAAGAAAAUGUUUGUUCAUAUAUUACAAAAUCAACAGCUAGUAUUAAAAAUGGAAAACGAACUUAUUACAAUUGUCAUCGUAGUGGAUACUUUAGUAGUAAAUCACGUGGGAUUAAGCGUAUUAAAAGCCAAGGAAGUAAUAAGAUAGGAUCAACAUGUACGUCUUCAAUGGUGGUGACGGAAGAUGCUAAUGGAAUAAAUGUUGAUUAUAGCAGCACCCAUUUUGGGCAUGGGUCUAAUUUAGGUAGAUGUAGGUUAACUGCCAAUGAACGUUCAAUGAUAGCAGGGCCUCCAAAUAUUGGGCAGGCCGAUUUUGGUCUAACAAGCCACAUGGAAAAUUUUAAAUAUUUAGAAAUUGUAAAAUUGACAGAUUUAGACGAUGCUUUCUAA